UUGAAGUAAAAAUGUAACCGAUAGGUCAAGUCGCGUCGUCGCUACAUCGGAUUUUCCUAAAAACCGAAAUAUUUUAGAGUCGCUUCAGUCGAUAAACGGGUUCGGAUUAGUGCGGUCCAAAAAAGAAAAAAUAGUACCAAGAAAUUGCGUUUUCAAGGCAGUUAAGGUCCCAUUUCUUAACCCCAAAAAUGCUAAUCAACUUAAUCAUAGUACAUGCCUUAAUAAUCAGCAUAGUUCAUGGCGAACUACUAUCCCCAUGUCCAGAUAUCUUUAGAUAUGAACAAGCCAAGGAUCCAGAUAUUUUGGACAGAUGGUAUGGGGUGAUCACCGUAAGCACGGACGACGACUUGGAGGGUAUAUAUCUGAAAAUCACUUUAGAUAAAAGGGCUGAUUUAUUGGGGAAUUGGUUCGCUGAAGCCCAGUCGGAAGACAACGUUCAGUUCUCCAUAAAAAACCCAAAAUAUAAGCUGGAAGCGGGCCCCCCUAUUCUAGUCAGGUUUUUUGUGAAAUACAACCCGUACAGUUCAGUUCCUGUAGUUAAGAGAAUUUUACUUAAUGGUAAAACGAUAUGUCCCAGCAAUCGGGAGAAACCCACCGAACCAACCCUGCACAUAAGCGAGGUACUGCCACCAAAAAAAGUUGAACCUAGUUAUGACAAUGAGUACCACUCUUCAAACGAAACCACUACUAGUAGUAACAAAAGACCUGCAGUUAAUCGUCCCAAUAGCACCACGAGACGACCAUCGGUCCAACCGACUGCGGAACCUUCCAGCUUCAAUAGGCCCCUUAGUGUAUUGCAACCGAACGGUUUUGACGACGGCGAGUUUUUCCAUGGAGAUUUUCAAUUUCCCACCAAGCGGACCACAUCCAGACCGCUCAAUAACGUGCAACGGACACCAGUCGAGUGCGGUACCAUCAGCAUUCAAAGGGCCACACCCUUGAUUAGUCACGGAGAAAACACGGUACCAGGACAAUGGCCGUGGCACACCGCCCUUUACUUAGAAAACAACAAAGACACCGAAUACAUCUGCGGUGGUACCCUGGUCAGUGACAAGCACGUUAUUACCGCGGCCCAUUGUGUUACAAAGACCAGGACCAACGUUCCUGUCCAACCAAACAGACUGAUCAUGUACUUCGGCAAAUAUAACCGGUUAAGCUUCGGAGCAGAUGUACAGGAGAGAAACGUGGAAUCGAUCAAAGUGCAUCCCUCCUUUAACGCUUCAGUGUAUUACAACGAUAUAGCGGUGGUUACUUUAGCAUCCCCAGUGGAGUUUACUAACUUCGUUAGGCCUUGCUGUUUAUGGGAUGAUAAGGAUGUUAAUAUUGAAAACCUUGUAGGCAAAAGAGGUUUGGUUGUGGGAUGGGGUUUCGACCAAACUGGGCAAUUAUCGAAGAAUCUGAUGCAAUCCGAGCUGCCGAUCGUAUCCACGAAAACUUGCCUGUUUUCGAACCGGAAUUUCUUUUCGCAGUUCACUUCCGACAAGAAUUUCUGUGCGGGAUUUAGAAAUGAAACAGCCGUGUGUAACGGAGAUUCGGGCGGGGGUAUGACUUUCCCCAAACCAACCCAAGGUGGAACAAACGUCGUUUGGCAACUAAGGGGUGUAAUUUCCUUGGGGGUGGCAAGACAAAGCGGGGGAGUGUGCGACCCGAAAGAAUACUCCCUUUUGACCGAUGUCGCCCAGUAUUUACGGUGGAUUAAGGACAUUAUGAGAGAAUAGAAAUGUGGUGUUAAAAAUAAGACUGUUAAAUAAACCAAUCGAACGUUUCUUUUUUGGUGAGAAUGAUUUAAUAUAGUUUGUCUAGAUUUUUAGGUGAUGUUUGUAAUAAUCGACAGUCGUGUGUGCUCAAUGAAAAAUUACACUUUU